AUCGGAAUUAUUGGUGGAACUGGCCUGGAUGAUCCUGAUAUUUUAGAAGGAAGAACCGAAAAAUAUGUUGAUACUCCUUAUGGCAAGCCAUCGGAUGCUUUGAUAUUGGGAAAGAUAAAAAAUGUGGACUGUGUGCUGUUGGCAAGACAUGGAAGGCAUCACACAGUUAUGCCAUCGAAUGUCAAUUACCGUGCCAAUAUCUGGGCACUGAAAGAGGAGAACUGUUCACACGUGUUAGUGACUACUGCCUGUGGUUCCUUACGAGAGGAAAUACAGCCUGGUGAUCUUGUCAUAAUUGACCAGUUCAUUGACAGGACAACUAGGAGACACUGUACUUUAUACGAUGGGCAGCAUUCCACUCUUCCAGGAGUAUGCCAUAUUCCAAUGGCAGAGCCAUUCUGCACCAAAACCAGAGGGGUUCUUACUGAGACUGCGAAGAAGCUUGGGCUCCAGUGUCAUUCCAAGGGAACAAUGAUCACGAUCGAAGGCCCACGCUUCAGUUCUCGGGCAGAAAGCUUGAUGUUUCGCAGCUGGGGAGCUGAUGUUAUCAACAUGACCACAGUGCCUGAAGUGAUUCUUGCAAAAGAAGCUGGAAUGUGUUAUGCUAGUAUUGCCAUGGCAACAGAUUAUGACUGUUGGAAGGAACAUGAAGAAGCAGUUUCAGUGGAUAAAGUUUUAAAGACACUGAAAGGGAAUGCAAAUAAGGCUACUAGCAUACUCCUUACUGCUAUACCUCAGAUUGGUGCCAUGGAAUGGACUGACACCCUGCACACCCUGAAGACGACAGUGCAGUGUUCAGUCAUUCUGCCAAAGCAGUAAAAACCUGGAUGGACCUCGAAGUUCG